AUGCGUCGCGGCCAGCAGCGCCGUGCGCCCCAUGCUACCGCAGUGGUUCUAAUUUGCAUCCUCCUGGUUGCAGACUACAGCCAUGGAUUUCUACAAGGUCAGGGUCGAGCGAGCGCCCCGCGCCGUGUGGCCUGCAAGGCAUCACGGGAUGCGGCAGCGGCUUCCUAUGGCUUCGAUGCCCUCUCGCUGUCCAGCACGGAGAGACUCCACGUCCUGUCCGCGCUGGCGGAGAGGCUAGAAGUGGCCGAAGCACUGAAGGUACCCGCCAGCGGCUUGCAAGCUUAUCUGGAGGACUGCCUCCAAGCCAUGCCGCCUUCAAACCCGUAUCACGGCCCAAGCCACGUUGUGGACAUUCUUCAGUUUCUAGUGACCUUGCUGGAGGAGACCGGCCUGGAUCGCGUCCUCACACCGGAGUUCCGCGCAGUGCUUUUUCUUGCUGGUGCUGCGCACGAUGUGGACCACACCGGCACUACGAAUGCCUUUCUCGUAAGCCUUGGCCACACGUAUGUGGAGGAGGCAGAGGAUGGUGUGGGUCCCAUGGAGAGCCACUCCGCACAGCGAGCAGCAGCUCUUCUUGAGGAGCGGCUGCAUCUUCCUCGCUCCAAGCUUCGCGAUGCAGUGAAGGCAACCAUCCACGGGACGGAUCUGGCAAGGCAUCAGCAGAUUGUGGAUGCGUUCCAAGAUGAGAUGGAGGCAGCCUUGACAGAAGAAGCUGUGGAUGCCUUCUUCUCGCCCCAGAGCGCCCAAGGACAGCUGCUUCUACAGCUUCUGCUGAAGGCUGGCGAUGUCAGCAACCCAACCAGACCAUUGGCCACGGCAAAGGCGUGGAACCAACAGGUCUACCAGGAGUUCUAUGCGGAGGGCGAUCAGGUGCUCUCCGCUGGUGGCAAGCCGAACCCUCUGCACGAUCGUAGAACAAACAGCAUUCCCAAGUCCUCGGUUGGCUUCAUCAAUUGGGUGAAGUCCAUCUUCACCAUGUUGAAGGAGUUCCUGGUCCGGUGUCGAAAGGUCGGAGUCUCCGGGCUUCGGCCGGAAGGCCUCGACGCCGUGCUGGCCCGCCUCGAUGAAAAUGCUGCAUCCUUUGCCAAGGAAGCCGCCAUGCUGGAGGCUGCUGAUGCCUCCAACAAGGUGUCCGAGAUUCAUUCUGGAAGAUAG